ACUUUCAGAGGGAGAGAUAGUUCAAGUGGUUAAAUCUUUCCUUGACAUUUAUUCAUACAUCGCCAAAAAAAUAAAAAGGUCCCCUUACCUUUCCGGGCUCCUCCCUCAAACACCAAAACACAUCUACACUCCCUUGAGCCCUCCUCCACCUUCAACAUACAAAUUGUGUCAAGCAAGUACCAGCUACUCUCUCUCUUACCUCCAACAACAAUGGCGACAUUUGCUCGACUCUCAAGAAAAGCCCUAAAACUCACCUCACCACUUUCUCUCUCCUCCCACCAUCACAACCCUCUCCGCUCUCUCUCCUCCGCCGCCGCCGCCGUGCAACCCCACCAGCAAUCUCCGCCGCCGACGAAGAGAGAGAUAGUCGAAUCACCAGAUCGAGUGAAAUGGGAUUACAGAGGACAGAGAUUGUCUAUUCCUUUGGGUCAAUGGAACCCUAAGAUCGCUGUUGAUGCAUAUGUUGCUCCCAAUGUUGUUCUUGCUGGUCAGGUUAAUGUCUGCGAUGGUGCUUCCGUUUGGAAUGGCUCUGUUCUUCGAGGCGAUCUUAACAAAAUUAUUGUUGGGUUUUGCUCAAAUGUUCAGGAAAAGUGUGUUCUUCAUGCUGCUUGGUCUUCUCCUACUGGUCUACCGGCUGAGACAUCUAUCGAAAGGUUUGUUACUGUUGGUGCAUACUGUCUCUUGAGAUCUUGCACAAUUGAGCCAGAAUGCAUCAUAGGACAGCACUCGAUUCUAAUGGAAGGUUCUUUGGUGGAGACUCAUUCUAUCCUUGAAGCCGGUUCUGUUGUUCCUCCAGGAAGAAGGAUUCCUACUGGUGAGCUCUGGGCAGGUAAUCCUGCCAGAUUUGUGAGAACCUUGACUCAUGAAGAGACACUUGAGAUCCCUAAGCUCGCUGUUGCAAUUAAUGACCUGAGCAAAAACUACUUCCAUGAGUUUCUCCCAUACUCCACCGUAUAUUUGGAGGUUGAGAAGCUAAAGAAGAAGUUGGGGAUUAAUAUCUGAAAUAUUUUUGCUUAGGAGAUUUUCAUGUUUAAUUGUAUCAAAUCAACUCAACAUCCUCUCUGAAAUAAGCAGCGUCAUGACUCGGGUUACAUGAUUUUGGAGUUCUGUAUUUUCUGUUGACCUCUGUACGAAGUGUGGAAGUUCAAAAAGUCCCAAAAUGGAUAAUACAGAUGAAACAUGGAUCUCGCCAUGUAGUAAUUUGUAGUGUUUUUGGAUUGAUGUUUUUGGGCGAUAAUUUUAAAUAGAGAUGCAUUUGUUUAGCAUUACAUUGAUGGAAGAUCAAUUUUAAUGUCUAAAUCUGAUACUAUAGUUGUUUAUUAAGCUAAAGGACAUUACAGAUUUUGUUGAA